GACGUCUCUUCAUCCGCCACGCGAAUCAACAACAAACACCCCAGAGCCAAUAUCACCACUAAAACCCCCGACCAAGUAUCCUUUUGAGUUCAGCAUCAAGCCUUCAAUAUGUGCACUUGGGAGAGGACCAAAUGCUCAACAUGCGACGCCACCGUGCAGGAUAAAUGCACCGGCCCGUGCACCGACGAUUUUCAUGCUAUUUAUACCAACGGAUCGACUGUAAGCGUUGUCUACGGCACGUGCGGACCUUGCAGCUAUGGGACGCCAGAAAGUCAGUAGCGGAAGAGAGUCAUCGGAAUGGAAGCAAAUGUUACAGUACGGUCACGGUACUUUAAAGUGAAGGCAGAUGAAUAAAUAAGCCUUGGCCUUUCGAUUUGAGUACAAGAUGUGGCAUUGCGUAACACCCAUGUUUUAGUGCAUGGUUAUUAUGCAUCCUUAUGCUGGUUUGAUGCAUAGCUUGAUUAUUAUAAAACAUGUCAUAAUUUUAGUCCAUGCGUAUAUUAAUACGUCUACUUUCCUGUUUUUUGCAGUCGAAGCCACGUUUUAACAACUUAUGCGGCUAGCAUUGUCCCAAUAUUUCUCGAAUCAUAGUCGGGAGUGACUACUACGUCUAUUCUAUUGUCGAAACAAUUUCAGGAACAUUUUCAACUCUACUGCGAUGAAUGAACGAUGUGGUGACCCGAUUGCCAAGCGCAUCUUUGUUUCUGUCUCGAAAAAAAGUCGUCAUUGGCCUCAGGCGUGGUCAUACGACAAGGAGAUAGUCGACGUGGCAAUUGACCUCAUCAAGUCGAAAGACACAGCUGCCCAGGUCGCGUAUGCAGACACAAUGCUUGUCGUCCAGGAGAGAUGGCCUAUGCGGAUCUGGAUUAUCUUCGACAUAUUCAACACUGAAUACGAUCCCUCUAAGGCCCACUUACCAGGCCAAAAUGAUUUACCAGUGAUCGCGAUAUCACUCAGCAAUAAAACGACUAUAACGAACGCUACCGAGGGAUUAGAGAACAGGGUCAACAAGGGGGUCCGAGAAGCUCACGAUCUUCAUGGGGAUGGAAGUCGGGCGCCGUUCAAGAUUGACCAUGCCAACAACAAUAUACCGACGUUUCCAAGCCCGAGAACACGAACUACUGUGACACCAAAGAGUUAGGGAGAGCGUUGGCUGUAAGAAGUGGAUUCUUGACUUAGUAUAUUCAAUGCCGACAAAUAUAGUAAUCGAGGGUAUUAGGC